AUGGUUAAGCGUCUGACAUAUCGCCGUAGGCUGUCCUACAACACAGCUUCCAACAAAACUCGGCUGUCACGAACCCCGGGUAACAGAAUUGUUUACCUUUAUACCAAGAAAGUUGGAAAAGCACCAAAAUCAGCCUGUGGUGUAUGCCCAGAAAGACUUCGAGGUGUUCAUGCAGUGAGACCUAAAGUUCUUAUGAGGCUAUCGAAGACAAAAAAGCAUGUCAGCAGGGCUUAUGGUGGCUCCAUGUGUGCUAAGUGUGUCCGUGACAGGAUCAAGCAUGCUUUCCUGAUUGAGGAGCAGAAAAUUGUUGUGAAGGUGUUGAAGGCACCAAAAAGCCAAUGA